AGGCAUUCAUCAACUUCCUGUGUCACGGAGCUCCAGGGAGACGGAGCAAAAAAAGCGGGCAUACCGAAGUCUUAAUUGUUUUCUCUAGCUUCGAAAUAUUUGAAAGCGCAUAUAUUUGUCUUGUAAAGCCGAACAACUGGCUCCCGUGGAUCAUUAACUCCCCGGAUCCGCUUUGGGCUCCGAAAAGAAGCUCAUUCAUUCGGCGUUGGUAGCUAGCUAGGAGCCACGGGCCCACUAUUCUUCUGGACUUUGCUACAAGCUAGUUAGCUAACGUUAGCACGCUAACCCAUGCGAACACGUUUUCUUUAUCAAUGAUUCUGCUGUUACGUUGUAAACAAAUACUUUGCCGCUAAUAUAUGUUCUAGUUAAACAUUUUUCGAUAAAUCUGUCGUUAGGUAAGCUACUAGUCGAGGCUAACUUUCCGGAGCUGCAUCUGCAAGACACUUGUUUUUAAAAGUGUUGUUCACUUUGUUGCUAGCUUAAGCUAGCCACCGCCAACUGAGCAACGCAGUCUCCGAAAGCGUAGCAGGCUUCAGCAGAGAGAUGUCGGACUUCGACGAAUUCGAGAGACAGUUAUCUGAAAACAAACAAGCUGAAAGGGACAAAGAGAACCGCCACCACCGUCGGUCCUCGUCCCGCAGCCGCAGCAGAGAGAGGAAGAGGAGGAGCAGAGACAGGGACAGACGCAGCAGAGACCGCCGUGGAGACAGUAAGGAGCGGAGACACAGACGCAGCUCACCAUCCAGCUUCCCCCAGGACAAUGCUGGAAGCCGUUCUCCCCACCGUGAGAAGAAGAAGAAGGUGAAGAAGUACUGGGAUGUCCCUCCACCUGGUUUUGAACACAUCACUCCCAUGCAGUACAAAGCCAUGCAAGCUGCAGGCCAGAUCCCAGCUACAGCCCUCCUGCCGACCAUGACUCCAGAUGGCCUGGCUGUUACUCCAACCCCAGUACCUGUAGUGGGUAGCCAGAUGACCCGACAGGCUCGUCGGCUCUAUGUGGGCAACAUCCCCUUUGGUAUCACAGAGGAGUCAAUGAUGGACUUCUUUAAUGCCCAGAUGCGUUUGGGUGGUCUUACUCAGGCCCCCGGCAAUCCUGUUCUUGCAGUACAGAUCAAUCAGGAUAAGAACUUUGCCUUCCUUGAGUUCCGUUCUGUGGAUGAAACAACACAGGCAAUGGCCUUUGAUGGCAUCAUCUUUCAAGGCCAGAGUCUUAAGAUUCGCCGUCCCCACGAUUACCAGCCCCUGCCCGGCAUGAGCGAGAACCCCAGUGUCUAUGUGCCUGGUAUACAGACAAUUAAUGGUGUGGUGUCCACAGUAGUCCCAGACUCUGCUCACAAGCUCUUCAUUGGUGGCUUGCCUAACUACCUGAAUGAUGACCAGGUGAAAGAGCUGUUGACGUCAUUUGGCCCUCUGAAGGCUUUUAACCUGGUGAAGGACAGCGCCACAGGCCUAUCCAAAGGAUAUGCCUUUUGUGAAUAUGUUGAUGUCAACCUUAAUGACCAGGCUAUUGCUGGACUGAACGGCAUGCAGCUGGGAGACAAGAAACUUCUGGUGCAAAGAGCCAGUGUGGGAUCGAAGAACGCAACUCUGUCGAGUAUAAACCAGACUCCAGUGACGCUGCAGGUGCCAGGUCUGAACAGCUCCGUGACUCAGAUGGGCGGUCUGCCCACGGAGGUGUUGUGUCUGAUGAACAUGGUGGCCCCUGAAGAGCUGUUGGAUGAUGAAGAGUACGAGGAGAUUGUGGAGGACGUCAGGGAUGAGUGCAGCAAGUACGGCCAAGUUAAAAGCAUUGAGAUACCUCGACCUGUCGAUGGCCUGGAAGUGCCUGGAACCGGCAAGAUCUUUGUGGAGUUCACGUCAGUUUUUGACUCCCAGAAGGCCAUGCAGGGGCUGACAGGCAGGAAGUUUGCCAACAGGGUGGUGGUGACCAAAUACUGCGAUCCAGACGCCUAUCACCGCCGGGAUUUCUGGUAGAGGACGCAUGACGAGAAGAGGGGAAUGGGGAGGGUGUGCACUGCCAGUUUCCAAAUCAGCCCCCAAAGUGAUUUUUUUUUUUUUUUUGGUAGCGCAACGUUGCAGGCCGAUCUGGGAGUAUUAUUUGUUUGGCAGUGGUGAUAUCCAGAUUAUCAUUGGAGAUCUUCACGAAAUAUUCAGCAGUUAAGACAGAAUUGGAAAUAGAGGAGGAGGAGAAUUUGUGGGGUUUGUUUUCAGUACAUAAUAAAAGGGGGCUAGGUUUGGUUGCUAGUGGUGUAGCUGGGUGGGUGGGCAAGUUAAAGAUUUUUGAGAAAAAAAAACAAAAAGUGUGUAAUAAUAGGUCCAGGGGUUGGGCAACAUUUUUUUUAUACUUUGUGAGACAGGGAUGUCAUUUCUGG